AUGGUAAGUGCGAAUACAGAGGAGUGGGUUGAGAACUUACUCAAUCCACAAAUUGUUAAGGAAUGGCAACAGUCCACGGUAAAUACACCUUCACCUCAAGGCUACCAAGGUCUUAGUGGAUCAGUAAGGGAUAAGAAGAAUACCUCCAACAAGCAGGUGAAUAAGCCCGAUAUAGCCAACCUUCAAGUUCAAAAAGCUUGGGAAAUAGCAUUGCAACCAGCCAAAUCUAUUCCAAUGAAUUUCUUCAUGUCUUACAUGUCUGGUACAUCAUUACAAAUAAUCCCUAUAAUGACUGCUUUGAUGCUACUUUCUGGCCCUGUCAAAUCAAUAUUUACAAUAAGAGAAACUUUCAAACCUGUUUUGGGAAACCCUAAGUCUCAAAAUCAGAUAUAUCUUAUGAUGAUACUUUACGUUGCUUUCCAAGGUGUUUUGAUGUUCAUCGGUUUGAAGAAAUUGAAUGAUAUGGGUUUGAUACCUAACAAGACAAGUGACUGGAUGGCAUGGGAAAAGAUUACUGACUAUAACAAAGGCAUUCGUGUCUUCUCUUUCUGA